AUGGAAAACAACACUCUCUCUUUUUACUUCAACCUGACCAUGUUCAUGAACAUUGGACACUACCGUUAUUUAGCCUUUGUGUUUAGCCUCCUGCUUUAUUGCUUUAUUGUGUCUGCAAAUCUUGUCAUGAUAUUGAUAAUAUUACUUGAGAGAACAUUACAUGAGCCCAUGUAUAUUUUCAUUGCAUUUUUAUCUGUCAACUCUCUGUAUGGUUCUACUGGUUUCUUCCCCAGAUUCCUCGUGGACCUUCUGUCUGAUACUCAUGUGAUCUCACGUCCAGCUUGUUUCACUCAGAUCUAUGUUAUUUACACAUAUGCUUCAUGUGAAAUAACCAUUCUGAGCAUUAUGGCAUAUGAUAGGUAUGUUGCUGUGUGUCAUCCUUUACACUAUCACAGAAAAAUGACCUUGAAAACUGUCUAUAUGUUGGUCUUUUUUGCAUGGGUCUGCCCUGCCUGUAACCUUACUGUAACCAUUAACAUGAUUGUCAGGCUUCCUCUAUGUGGCAACAAUAUACAGAAGAUAUACUGUGCCAGCUGGAAUAUUGUAAAAUUAUCAUGUGUUACAACUGCUGUUAACAAUAUUGUUGCAAUGUUAGGUGCCAUAACUAUGGCCUUCCUUCCCUUUGGUUUUAUCUUGUACACUUAUCUAAGAAUUGUGGUUACUUGUUGGAAAAAGUCAUCAGAAGUCAGGGGGAAAGUAUUACAGAGUUGUCUUCCACAUGUUAUUUCAUUUGUGAUUUAUUCCAUCACAUCUUUUUGUGAUACUGCCCUGAGCCGAGGAAAUCUUGAAGAGAUAAAUCCAUUAGUUGCAGUAAUUUUGUCACUAGAAUUUGUUAUCCUUCCCCCAAUUCUGAAUCCUCUUGUGUAUGGCCUUAAACUACCAGAAAUUAGAAGACAUAUUUUCAAGAUAUUAUGCUUUAAACUCCAAACUAAAAAGAACUCCUGUCACAUAUUACUUAGUCUACACUGA